AUGGAAGAAAUCGAAAACAUGUUCAAACAUGACAUGGGAGUGCUGAUCAACGAUAAGUCCAGUGAGUUUGAUCCUAACCCCGUGGGGGUGGCGUUGUUGGCCCAAGUGCAUGUAGCUCGUUUCUGUCUGAGUGGGGAGAUGGUAGCGGUUAAAGUGCAACACCCUCUGCUUUCGGAGUUUAUGCCGUUGAAUGUAUACGUCACCAAUAGUUUGUUCAGAGCUAUGGAACGGUUCUUCCCUGAAUACCCGCUUUUGUGGUUGGGCGACGAAAUGCAACAGCUGAUUCACAAUGAGCUCGACUUCACCAAUGAAGCUCUGAAUGCUGAAAACACCGCGGGAGACUUUAAGUCUCGUGCUCGGAACACUGCCCUCAAGAUUGUUCUGGCUGGAAAGCGGAUCUUGGUGAUGGAAUACGUUGCGGGUGCUCGUCUUGAUGACUACGCUUACCUCCAACGACACAAUAUCGAUCCGGUUCAGGUAUCGCUGUGUUUGCUGCACAUCGUCAACACGAUGAUUUUCGUCCCUGGCAUUGGUCUUCACUGCGAUCCUCACGGGGUCAACUUAUCGAUCAGACACGUGCCUGUGAAGGAAAUCACCAAGGGCUUCAACUUCUAA